AUGACCCCUUUACCCACUGGGGGCCCCCUAGGAUCCCUGGAGCACCUCCCAUUUCUGAAGUCAAUUCCCCUUGGGAAUGGAAACAUCUGUGACUUGGUGUCCAACAGCGGUGUUUGUCACAGCUGCACGAGGGACAUCCUGAUCACCAGCGUGGGUGCCGCGACCACCUUCGGCGAGCUGUGCGCGGAAGUGCGGGACAUGUGCGGCCUGCUCCCUCAGCACCCCCUCACCCUAAAGUGGGUGGACAAUGAAGGGGACCCCUGCACCGUGUCCUCCCAGAUGGAGCUGGAGGAGGCCCUCCGCCUGGCCUGUCAGCACAAGGAAGACGGGCUCGUCAUCCAUGUUUUCCCAAGUGCCCCUGAGCAGCCGGGCAUGCCGUGCCCCGGAGAGGACAAAUCCAUCUACCGCCGGGGAGCCAGAAGAUGGAGGAAGCUGUACCGAGCCAACGGCCACCUCUUCCAAGCCAAGCGCUUUAACAGGAGAGCGUACUGCGGCCAGUGCAGCGAGAGGAUAUGGGGUCUCGCAAGGCAGGGCUACAGGUGCAUCCGCUGCAAGCUGCUAGUCCAUAAGCGCUGCCACGCCCUCGUCCCGCUGACCUGCAGAAGGCAUAUGGAUUCUGCCAUGCCUUCCCAGGAGCCUCCCGUAGAUGACAAGAGAGACAGCGUGGACCUUCCUUCUGAGGAGACGGAUGGAAUUGCUUAUAUUUCUUCAACCCGGAAACGUGACAGCAUUAAAGAUGACUCCGAGUGUGCGGCACUCACCGAGCUGCAGAAGAACUUGGGGACCCCUGGACCCCGGCCACGUCAGGGCCCGGCCACGCCGUGCUUGGACUCCUGCGGAGACGCUGGUCACCGCUCUGGGGGUGCUGGGCCAUCCCUUGCAGCAGGGUUGUUCCUGGUCAUCGAGUACGUCAACGGCGGCGACCUCAUGUUCCACAUGCAGAGGCAGAGGAAGCUUCCGGAGGAGCAUGCCAGGUUCUACGCUGCCGAGAUCUGUAUUGCCCUCAAUUUCCUGCACGAGCGGGGGAUCGUCUACCGGGACCUGAAGCUGGACAAUGUCCUGCUCGACGCCGAUGGGCACAUCAAGCUGACGGACUAUGGCAUGUGCAAGGAAGGCCUGGGCCCAGGCGACACGACGAGCACUUUCUGUGGGACCCCGAAUUACAUCGCCCCGGAGAUCCUGCGGGGAGAAGAGUAUGGGUUCAGCGUGGACUGGUGGGCACUGGGCGUCCUCAUGUUUGAGAUGAUGGCCGGGCGCUCCCCCUUCGACAUCAUCACCGACAACCCCGACAUGAACACGGAGGACUACCUUUUUCAAGUCAUCCUGGAGAAGCCGAUCCGGAUACCCCGGUUCCUCUCCGUCAAAGCCUCGCAUGUCCUGAAAGGAUUCUUAAAUAAGGACCCCAAGGAGAGGCUCGGCUGCCGGCCGCAGACAGGGUUUUCCGACAUCAAGUCCCACGCCUUCUUCCGCAGCAUAGACUGGGACCUGCUGGAGAAGAAGCAGGCCCUGCCGCCCUUCCAGCCACAGAUCACGGAGGACUACGGCCUGGACAACUUCGACACGCAGUUCACCAGCGAGCCCGUGCAGCUGACCCCGGAUGACGAGGAUGUCAUCAAGAGGAUCGACCAGUCCGAGUUCGAGGGCUUCGAGUACAUCAACCCGCUUCUGCUCUCCACCGAGGAGUCCGUGUGAGGCGGCGUGCGUCUGUCGUGGGCACGCCCGUGAAUGACCCUGUAACUUACCCUUUACCACAGCGUAUGCAUGCCAGGCUGGGCGCGGGGCUCCGGGCAGCCAGGGAGGGAUGGCCGCUGAGACCGUGGAGGGAGGCGCCCGCGGGCGCUCCGGGCAGAGCAGUCCCGCGUCUGGGCCCCGGGAGGCAGGCUUUGUGCUGGAGGAACUGCUUCCUGGGCCCGCCUCACGUCCAGUGUGGUGGCCCUGCCCGAGGGGACACGGGCACACCACCCAGGUGCAUUCUCCGCAGAGACACAGCCCUGCACUGGCGUGCUCCCCAGGGAGGUGCGCGUGUAAUGUCCUGGGGAAUAAAAUGUACCGCUGACGUCCAA